UGCAGUGCCAACGGCUGCUUCCCACGGCUGCACACCGCCGCACUCCUCACUUCACCACCAGACACUAGAGAAAAAAAACCACCGGAGCAACACCGCAGCACCCAGAUCGUCACCAACGCCCAACACCACCGUGAGCACGACCUUUGCACAGGUAACUUGCCUACCUUAAUCGAUCCUCACAGCCCCAACUCCCAAGAGUGAAGCGACGUGGGAUAGUUAGGAUCGUAACACCUCGCUCCGCUCCUUACAGUGGUGGUCAUUACAAAUGAUUCGUUGUAGGAAAUUGUGCCGUAGAAAUCUCUACUCACUCACCAAAAACCCUAGUUCUAGCUGUAGUUCUUCAUUUCACUCUUUCAGUUCAACAAACCCUAACCUUUGCACAAUUAAACUGAAUAGCCAUUGCAAAAGUUUCAGAUUUUUGAGCUCUACAUUGGGUUUCAGUUUAAUUCCCCACAAACUUUCUGGACCAAAUGACGCGAACUCUGUUAUAGACCAUGUUUUUAAACCUAGUUUUAGCAGGAAUUACUGCUCCGAGAGGACCAGUGAUGGUGGGUCUGGUGAGUGGACUGAGGAGAUAGAGUAUUUAGAUGAAUCAGGGAGUGUUAUUUACAGUGGUAAAGGUAUACGGUCAGUUGAGCCAGGGCUUGAUGACCAUGUGAUGGUGGGUGGGCUAAAGAAGCCAUUUUUGAAUGCCUCGGCGGUUGCAAAGAUUGUUGAGGUUGUGAAGAGGUGGAAAUGGGGGCCAGAGUUGGAGACCCAGCUGGACAAACUCCAAUUUGUACCAAAUAUGACUCACAUUAUCCAAGCCUUCAAGGUCAUUAAGGAUAGCGAGAUGUCCUUGAGCUUGUUUCGAUGGGCUAAGACGCAGUCAUGGUAUUCACCAAGUGAUGAGUGUUACGUGUUGCUGUUUGAUGGGUUAAACCAAAAUAGGGAUUUCGAUGGGAUCCAAUCAUUGUUUGACGAAAUGGUUCAUGAUUCCAGUAAUAAUGGGAUUUUCUCCUUUGGUGCAUAUAAUCGGGUAAUCCAGUAUUUGGCUAAAGCUGAGAAAUUGGAGGUUUCAUUUUGUUGUUUUAAGAAGAUUCAAGAUUCGGGUUGUAAAAUUGAUCCUCAGACAUAUAACUCUCUUAUUACGCUGUUUUUGAAUAAGGGUUUGCCUUAUAAGGCGUUUGAGAUAUAUGGAAGCAUGGAAGCAGCGGGAUGUUUGUUGGAUGGGUCAACCUAUGAGUUGAUGAUACCAAGUUUGGCAAAAUCAGGCCGCCUUGAUGCUGCUUUCAGGCUCUUCCAAGAGAUGAAAGAGAGGAAUUUCCGGCCUGGGUUUAACAUCUUCUCUUCCCUCGUUGAUUCAAUGGGGAAAGCUGGGAGGUUGGACACCUCAAUGAAGGUGUACAUGGAAAUGCAGGGUUAUGGGCACCGACCAUCUGUUACCAUGUAUGUUUCUUUGAUUGAGUCAUAUGUGAAGGCCGGGAAGUUAGAUGCUGCUCUUAGGCUUUGGGAUGAGAUGAAGAAAGCAGGCUUCAGGCCUAACUUUGGGUUGUACACGUUGAUUGUUGAAUCACAUGCCAAAUCGGGGAAGCUUGAUAUUGCGAUGUCUGCCUUUACAGAUAUGGAGAAGGCUGGAUUUCUACCCACCCCAUCUACAUAUUCUUGUCUCUUGGAAAUGCAUUCUGCCUCUGGACAAGUAGAUUCUGCCAUGAAGCUUUAUAACUCAAUGACAAAUGCAGGUUUGAGACCAGGUCUAAGUACUUAUACUGCCCUUUUGACUCUCCUGGCCAACAAGAAGCUUGUGGAUGUGGCUGCCAAAAUUUUACUCGAAAUGAAGGCCAUGGGGUUUUCUGUUGAUGUGAGUGCUAGUGAUGUUUUAAUGGUGUAUAUCAAGGAUGGUUCUGUUGAUCUUGCUUUGAGGUGGCUACGCUUCAUGGGUUCAUCAGGUAUUAGAACAAAUAAUUUUAUCAUAAGACAAUUGUUUGAGUCAUGUAUGAAGAAUGGUUUGUUUGAGUCAGCCAAGCCUCUCCUUGAAACAUAUGUGAAUGCUGCUGCAAAAGUUGAUCUCAUACUAUACACAUCCAUUUUAGCUCAUCUUGUGAGAUGCCAGGAAGAGGAGAAUGAGAAGCAUUUGAUGUCUAUCCUUAGUGCUACAAAACAUAAGGCACACUCUUUCAUGUGUGGACUCUUUACAGGCCCAGAACAGAGGAAACAACCAGUUUUAUCUUUUGUGAGGGAAUUCUUUCAGAGCAUUGAUUAUGAGUUGGAAGAGGGGGCUGCGAGGUACUAUGUCAAUGUUCUUCUUAACUAUCUCGUUCUUAUGGGUCAGAUAAACCGAGCCCGAUGUGUUUGGAAAGUUGCCUAUGAGAAUAAGCUUUUCCCAAAGGCAAUAGUCUUUGAUCAGCAUAUUGCUUGGUCCCUUGAUGUUAGAAACUUGUCGGUUGGAGCUGCUCUUGUAGCAGUUGUGCACACCCUCCAUAGAUUCAGAAAGCGCAUGUUGUAUUAUGGUGUUGUCCCAAGACGCAUUAAAUUGGUUACAGGACCUACCUUGAAGAUUGUGGUUGCACAGAUAUUGAGCUCAGUAGAAUCUCCUUUUGAGGUUAGUAAGGUGGUUUUAAGGGCCCCUGGAGAUUCUGUCAUGGAGUGGUUUAAGAAGCCAAUUGUUCAACAAUUUCUUCUAAAUGAGAUUCCUUCAAGCUCUGAUAUCCUCAUGCACAAGCUGAACACUCUUUUCCCCAGUUCUGCACCUGAAAUUAGAUCUCUGUCCCCUCCCAAGCCUCUCAUUUCAGGGAGGGCAAUGUAGCCUCAGUCACUGGCUUUGUAUUUGUAAAAAGGAACUGAAAAACAAAAUGGAACUGUAAGGUGUUUUUCUCCA